ACUUCAAUACACAGCAAAAACAAGCGAGAAGUAUAGUACAGCUUUAAAAAAAAAAAACACAGAGAGAGAGAGAUAUCAAAGAAGAAGAAAAGAGAGAAUGGAGGCUUUCCCAGUUGUUGACAUGGAGAAGCUUAAUGGUGAAGAGAGGGCAGCAACCAUGGAACUGAUAAAAGAUGCCUGUGAGAACUGGGGCUUCUUUGAGUUGACGAAUCAUGGGAUUUCCCAUGAUUUGAUGGACGCCGUGGAGAAGCUGACAAAGGAGCAUUACAGAAAGUGUAUGGAGCAAAGGUUCAAGGAAACGGUGGCAAGUCAGGGUCUGGAGGCUGCUCAGUCCGAAAUCAAUGAUAGAGACUGGGAAAGCACCUUCUUUCUUCGCCAUCUUCCUGUCUCCAACAUGUCAGAAAUCCCAGAUCUUGAUGAAGAUUAUAGGAAGGCAAUGAAGGAAUUUGUAGCGGAUUUAGAGAAACUAGCCGAGCAACUCUUGGACCUGCUGUGUGAGAAUCUUGGCCUGGAGAAAGGAUACCUCAAAAAGGCUUUCUACGGGUCAAAGGGCCCAACUUUUGGCACAAAGGUCAGCAAUUACCCUCCUUGCCCCAAACCAGAGUUGAUUAAAGGUCUCCGGGCGCACACUGAUGCCGGCGGCAUCAUCCUUCUCUUCCAAGAUGACAAGGUCAGUGGCCUCCAGCUUCUAAAGGAUGGCAAAUGGGUAGAUGUUCCCCCAAUGCGCCACUCGAUUGUGAUCAACAUUGGCGAUCAACUUGAGGUCAUUACCAAUGGAAAAUACAAGAGUGUGAUGCACCGAGUAGUUACUCAACCGGACGGCAAUAGAAUGUCCAUAGCAUCAUUCUACAACCCGGGCAGUGAUGCCGUCAUCUAUCCGGCACCAGCAUUGGUGGAGAAAGAAGCCGAGAAAGGCCAAGUUUACCCAAAGUUUGUGUUCGAAGACUACAUGAAGCUCUAUGCUGGCCUCAAGUUCCAGGCCAAGGAGCCAAGGUUCGAAGCCUUCAAGGCCAUGGAAUCCACUGUUAAUUUAGAUCCCAUUGCCAUUGUCUGAGCUCCUCGUGACAGAAUGGAAAUUGGGUUGAUGUGUGCUUCUGUGUAUAAGCAUAAUAAUCUGUAGAGAUGAGUCUUGCAGUUUCUUUUGUUUUGAGUGAAUUCUAAUUAAGGUUGCUGUUUAGGUGUGCUUUGCCUAGCGCGGGACUGUUAUAGUUGAGGCAUAAUGCUUCGCCCAGUAGCUCUUUCAUGAGAUGUAUGUCCUUGUGCUGUUGAUUAGGUGUACUGUUUAGAAAGUGACUUAUCUUAUCCCGUUU